AUGCAUCUUUCUACCAUCUUGACAACAACAGUAGCCCUGGCCUCUGUGCCGGGCGUGCUCGGACACCCGGGCAUGGGUAAAGCCCUCGGCGAGAUCAUGUCACGACAGGCAGAUGAGGGCGACUCAACAGAGCUUCUCGGCGACCUUGUCACUCUCAAGGACAAAGAUCUCACAAAUGUUGGCAAGGAUAUCAAGAAGUUGCUCACCGGCAAGGGCAAUCCUGAGUCCAAUGAAAAAUACACAAAGGUUCCCCCCAAGAACUCGGCAGCGUGCAAGGCGGACACUUGCUGCAUUUGGAGCUACAUCGCCAAAGACAUGUAUGGCUUCAUGGCUGGCCAGUCGGGUCGCUGUACAAAGUGGGCCCGUUUUGCCGUCCGCAUGGGAUUCCACGACGCCGCCGGCUGGUCCAAGUCUACAGCCAGCCAAGGCAAUGGCGCAGACGGCAGUAUCAUUCUCAGCAAGAGCGAGCUGGAUCGCUCCGAGAACAAUGGUCUGCAGGAGAUGGGCGCUCGCUUCCAACAAAUGUAUGACAACUACCGAGGGCAGGGUUGGGACAUUGGCAUGGCCGACCUCAUUCAGAUGGGCGCCAAUGUUGCCACCGUGACAUGCCCUCUUGGCCCCCGCAUCAAGACCUAUGUUGGCCGCAAGGACAGCGCCACGCCCGCUCCCGACAACCUCCUGCCAGACGUUAAUGCGGAUGCCGACAGCCUGAUCGCGCUGUUCCGUGACAAGACUAUCGGCCCGCACGGCCUCGUCGCCCUUGUCGGCGCACACACGACGAGCCAGCAGAUGUUCGUGAACGAGUCCCGCGCUGGUGACCCUCAGGACAGCACACCCGGCGUUUGGGACGUUAAGUUCUACCCUGAGACGACGGGCAAGGCACCAGCGCGUGUAUUCCGCUUCCCCAGCGAUAUUAAGCUGUCGCAACACCCUACAACGAAGAAGGAGUGGAAGGAGUUCUCUGGUGGCGGCGGACAAAACCACUGGAACGAAGACUACGCCCGCGAAUACAUCCGACUGUCUCUCCUCGGUGUCAACAACAUCAACAAGCUGACCGAAUGCACCAAAGUCCUGCCGCCCACCACCAAGAAGUUCUCGCCCUCUGAUCAGCGCAAGGUCGAGAAGUGGCUCAACAACACUGAUCGCAAGGGCAAGGCGGCCAAGAUUGCGGAGAACCUGCUGGCGGGCGACCUUGUCGUGGACGAGGUUCCUGCCACAGCGAGCCCCACGGCACCUGCUGCCGUGACGCCGGCGGCUUGA